CCUUUCUGGGGGCGGGGCCCAGGGCGAACAGGGGCCGGGCCCUCCCCCAUCCCCCACGUGGCGGGGAGUGGUGCAGGCACUCCUGGGGUGGCAAGUUCCCACGUGUAGUGCGGGGUAGCCGGCUUUGGUCCUCUCUGAUCUCCAAGGCCUGUAGGUCCGCGCCCGUGGUGAUGCCAAAGAUCAAGCCGGGGACGAGCGGCCGCCGCCGCGAUCGACUUAAACAGAGCCGGGAGGUGAAGAGCGCCGGAGGACUCAUGUUCAACACGGGGAUUGGGCAACAUAUUUUGAAAAACCCUCUCAUUGUUAACAGUAUUAUCGAUAAGGCUGCCUUAAGACCAACUGAUGUGGUGCUGGAAGUUGGACCUGGAACUGGCAAUAUGACUGUAAAGUUGCUAGAAAAGGCAAAAAAGGUAAUUGCCUGUGAACUUGACCCAAGACUAGUAGCUGAACUUCACAAAAGAGUUCAGGGCACGCCUCUGGCCAGCAAACUUCAAGUACUGGUGGGUGAUGUGUUGAAAACAGAUUUGCCAUUCUUUGAUGCCUGUGUGGCAAAUUUGCCAUAUCAGAUCUCUUCCCCCUUUGUCUUCAAGCUGUUGCUGCACCGACCUUUUUUCAGAUGUGCUGUACUUAUGUUUCAAAGAGAAUUUGCUCUCCGACUAGUUGCAAAGCCUGGAGAUAAAUUAUACUGCAGACUAUCAAUCAAUACACAGCUGUUAGCACGUGUGGACCAUCUGAUGAAAGUUGGAAAGAACAAUUUCAGGCCACCACCAAAGGUGGAAUCCAGUGUCGUAAGAAUAGAACCCAAGAAUCCACCACCACCUAUCAAUUUUCAGGAAUGGGAUGGCCUAGUAAGGAUCACCUUUGUUAGGAAGAACAAGACACUGUCUGCGGCAUUUAAGUCAAAUGCAGUGCAACAGCUUUUGGAAAAAAACUACAGAAUUCACUGUUCGGUCCAUAAUAUUAUAAUACCAGAAGAUUUCAGCAUAGCAGAUAAAAUACAGCAAAUCCUAACCAGCACAGGUUUUAGUGACAAGCGGGCCCGUUCCAUGGACAUAGAUGACUUUAUCAGAUUGUUACAUGGAUUCAAUGCAGAAGGUAUACAUUUUUCUUAGGUAUCUGGAAAAGAGAAUUUUCAAGCCCAAGAAAAAGAAACCGCAACUAUACAUUUCUAACAGAGAAGAUAAACUAUGCUUUUGCUCCACUGGAACACUAUGUGCUUGACUAGUUUUGAUUUAAUACUACCACUGUCACCAUUUAUUACUCUGAAGUUUUAUGGUAGUAAGUCAAUUCUAAGUACCCAAGUUUUUUUGGGGUUUUUUUUUUUUUUUUUGGUUUUGGUGUUUUUAAUAUUUAACAUAGGGCAGGGUCCAGUCUCUACACGGUAAUCUUUAAGAGCCGCAGGCACGCACAACUUUACACUUAAA